GGAUCAGAGCCGCGGGAGCUUGCCUCGCUGCACCCAGGUCAGGCUGCGCCUCCGCCGGAUGUUUUGUCUCCAGAAUGGGACGCUUUGGACCCGGAUUCUGGAUCUGGAGGUCGGGCUGAAGCAGGGCCCCGGGCAGCGGCUCCACACGGAGUGUCUGGUGCUGAUUAAGUGCUGUGGGGAUGUGUGAGUCAAACCCAUGGGGCAUCAGGACCAUGAGGAGACCGUCCAAAGUCUGGAUCCCGGUCUGGACUCAGGUUUGGACUUGGUCUAUCUGCACCUGACGGGCCCUCCCCCCUGCCCCCUCUGCCCCUCCUGCCCCCCCGACAUGGAGGAGCGGGUGAGCGAGCUACAGGAGGACGGGGAGGAGAGAGAGGAAAGGACAGAACCAGGACUAAACCAGAUCAAGUCUGUGCACCAGCCUCUGUGCAGGUCUCAGUGUGUGGACUUAGGACCAGAAGGACCACCUGAUCUGAACCAGGACUCAGACAGAAGCCUCGUACCUCCAGAUCCACAAACUGACCCCCACAGUCCAGUGAACUUCCCUGCCCCCUCCCCUGAGCAGACAGCAGGGGGCAGCAGAGAGUACCAGGCUAAACUGGACUUCGCUCUUAAACUGGGAUACCCCGAGGAGACGGUCCGAUCGAUCCUGACCAAACUUGGCCCAGAAACACUCAUCAAUGAUGUUCUUGGAGAGCUGGUGAGGCUGGGGACCAAAGCAGAACCCGACCAGGACCUGGGGUCUGGACUCGGGCCUGGACUCGGGGAUUUGAGUGGGUGCACAGAGGAGGGCAGAGUCGACUCACCGGCACCGUCCGAAAGUGACCAAGAAAAUCUGAGACCGAUCGUGGUGGACGGAAGCAACGUGGCCAUGAGUCAUGGAAACAAGGAAGUGUUCUCAUGCCAGGGCAUCCAGCUGGCUGUUGAUUGGUUCCUGGAGCGAGGUCAUCAUGACAUCACAGUGUUUGUCCCGGCCUGGAGGAAGGAGCAGUCCCGCCCUGAUGCACCAAUCACCGACCAGGAGAUCCUUCGUGGUCUGGAGAAGCGGAAGAUCUUGGUGUUCACCCCGUCUCGUCGCGUUCAGGGUCGGCGUGUGGUUUGCUAUGAUGACCGUUUCAUCGUGAAGUUAGCUUAUGAGUCCGACGGCAUCAUCGUAUCCAACGACAACUACCGCGACCUCGGCAACGAGAAACCUGAGUGGAAGCGUUUCAUCGACGACCGGCUCCUUAUGUACAGCUUUGUGAAUGACAAGUUCAUGCCUCCAGAUGAUCCUUUGGGGCGACACGGGCCGAGUUUGGACAAUUUCCUUCGAAGACGUCCUGUGAUCGCAGAGCAGAAGAAACAGCCCUGCCCCUACGGUAAAAAGUGUACUUAUGGACACAAGUGUAAGUACUAUCACCCUGAGAGAGGAGCACAGCCACAGAGAUCUGUAGCCGACGAACUCCGAGCCAGCGCCAAAAACCCGACCAAGAGCCAGACCAAGAACCAGGCCAAGCACCAGACCAAGAUCCAAACCAAGACUCAGACCAGGACCCAGACCGACCCAAGCCUUGUUAAGUCCCACAGCGUCCCAACCACAGAGACUCAGAGGAGCGGUCCCAAACGCCAAUCUGACCCCAAUGUCCGAGCCCUGUCCUAUGGAGACGCAGAGGCCUACGCAGUGGAGCAUCUGUUUCAAAUCCAGAGCAGAAACAUGUCUCCAACCCCAGGGCCCCCUACAGCUGCGUCUGUGCCCCAGGACGAGCUCUCCCGAUCGGGCACGCCGCUUGGACUUCCCUCUGACCCUCCAUACCCGCACUGCCCUUCUCCUGAGUACUACAGUGUCACCCGGGCUUUCUCUGGGCUCUCUGUAACCUCCUCUAGACACAACCAGGACUACAGACUGGACUAUAGACCCGCCCAGGACCAGGACUACAGACUGGACUAUAGAUCCGCCCAGGACCAGGACUACAGACCAGACCUUAGACCGGAUCUUAGACCAGCCCAAGACCAGGACUACAGACUGGGUUCUUUGGGUUCUAUGGGUUCCGCUGGUUCAGAAUGCGGCAGUGAAAGUAGCAGUUGUGACUCUUGCCCUCCUGAAUCUACGAUAGACGAUUUCCACUACCCUGCUUCACGAAUUUACCCUCACUUGUCCGACUACUGCCCCCACCCUCACCCAAACGACUACCCGCACCUCCCCCCUCCUCACCUGUCACACCUGGAUGCCGUUCCCAAACGCCCGCUGUACCCUCUGGCAUCUCACCUGCACCACCGGCCCCUCUCUGCGCGCUCCAGCUGCCCAGGCGACUACCUCCACGCUCCCAUACCCUCCUCUACCCCUCGCUCCCCCCUCGCCCAUGCCCGCCCUGAAAGCACCUCCGACCCCCACUUGUACCCCCACCCGCGCCCCAAAACCCUGCCGCACUGGGACACAUGCUACCGCCCCCCGCUGGCUACAGCAUUGCGCUACGACAGCGCCUCUUGUUACUGGGAAAGUUACGGAUCGCACUACCACCCACCACCUCAUGUCUCUGCACACCCAUACCCAGAUCAGAGUGCUGCCCUGGGCUGCUCGAGUCGAUCCGUGCCCCCCUACCUUCCGCCUGGCUCUGAUGUCCAGUACAGUGAUGCCCGCUAUAGUGAGGCCCGGUUCGAUGAUGCCCAGUACAGUGAUGCCAGGGACAAAGCCUAUGUAAACCUGUGUAAUAUCUUCCCCCCAGAGCUGGUACGGCGUGUGAUGUGCCGCUCGCCUCACAUCACAGACCCUCAAACGCUCGCAGCCGCUAUCUUGGCCGAAAAGGCUCAGGCUGGAUACUGAACUCACUGUUAAAACAUUUGUAAAAAGAACAUCUGAUUUCUCACAUUAUCAGAGAAACUUUAGACUAUGGGGUGUAAACUGCAAAAAGUACAUGGGAAAAAGUAAGACUUGCUUGUCUAUAUAGAGAUUUUAUUCUCUGGCCUGGAAUGUUUCACAGUAUGGCAUUACAUGUAUCUACAGCUUUUUUAUUGCCCAAACAUACCUUUAAAAAUGCAUUAGAUUGACUGUACUGAGCAUCAGUCCUGUUUGAAGCUCCACGGUGAGAAAAGUUUGGACCCCAGUUCUAGGCUAACAUCUCCGUGGUGACAAGCAGCAGAAAAGUGCGUCUUUAAAACAAUCUGUAGUAUAUCAGUGUUUUUCUCUGAACUGAACCCCCCCCCCC